GGGCUCAACCAAUAAUAUGCGUGUUCUUCAGCGGUACGUAAACCCGCGCGCGUAGUGGAAACUGGUAUAUUGAUUUCAAUUCUGAGAAUACAUGUAAACAACACGUUCGCAUGGGAGUAAAACAUUUACUGUUUAUGAAAAGUACCGAACGGAAAUAAAAAUGGCAGGCACGGGAAAGGUAGUUGAAUCCGUGAAGGAUGGUAUUACUGUUGUUAUUGCAAUGGAUGGAAGCGAAUACUCAGAUUAUGCAUUGCAAUUUUACAAAGAUUGUCUCCACCGACCAGGAAAUAAGGUCUUGAUUGCGCACAAUGUAGAAUACAAAAUCGUCUCACAUCCGGCUGUGGCAGUGAUGACUGGGGGCAUUGAUUCAACACUAGUCACAAAAGAAAUCCAACAGGCUGAAUCAAGGGCAGCUGGCUUUAUUGAAAAGCUAAAAGAAAGAAUGAAAGAAUUACAAAUUGAGGGACGUGUUGAGACAGUUCAUGGUGAACCUGGUCCUUCUGUUGUCACCUUUACAACUGAUAAUAAAGCGGAUUACAUUGUCGUUGGCUGUCGCGGCAAAGGAGUACUGCGGAAAACUUUUACCGGAAGUGUAACUGAUUACAUCACUCAUCAUUCCCAUGUUCCCGUGGUUGUUGCCAGGAAUAUCGACCACAUGGAGAAACUUCACCUCCACAUGCCCUCUUUGAAGAUUUUCAAGAAGGGGGAUGGCCCAGGGUCUCCGACAUCUCCAAAAUCAGCAGAGUCUUCAAAUGGGUCUAAAUAAAAACAACGCAGUUUUGCACAUAGAGUGAAGCAUUUUACUUCGUAUGUGUUUUCAUUGUGUUUGGAAGAAAAACUGUUUGGUAAAUGUUGCACCAGGGAGAGUAACAUUGCUGUCGAUAAAACAAAUCUGAAAGUAGCAUAAGGUAUGGUUAUUGGUGCUUUUAUAGAUAGAACUCUGAGUUGCUCUUUUUUUCGUACAGGUAUGUUCAAUUUACUUGAGGAUUAAGAAUAUUGUAAAUAUCUAACGAAGCUACAUAAAUUCUAAUUUUUCCACUACUAGUAGUUGUUUUACAUUUGGACUGUUGCAAUGUUAUAUUGUAUGGUAUAGCAGAUAGUGAAAUCUGAACAAAGUAGAAAAUCUAUAUCGAGGGCUUGGCGCAAAACUAUUGUAUCUUGUUCUUUAUUUAUAUACACUUACAAUAGUUUUGCACCAAGCCCUCGAUAUGUACAAAACCUUUUUGAACCGUAGGAAAUUUGACAGUUCUAAGCAGGCCCUUUACGACCUACAUUAGUUAUAUGUCAAAGCCAGCAUCAGAUUGAAAUUGCUAGCUCUCAUGUAUAACUGCUUAGUUGGAAAUGCAUCAGUCUAUUUGCCUAACUUAUUAUUUCAAUACUGUCCCAACAGACAUGGCUUGAGGUCUUCGGAUACUGUACAGGGGUACUGUGUUGGUCCGUUCAAUAACUUUGAAGACAUCAGCAGGCUUUAGUACUGUUGGUCCGGGACUAUAUAUGGAACGGUAUACCUUUGAUUAUUACAUACCCAUUUAAAAACUCCAUUAAGUUUCAGUGGAGCCUGAAAUGUCAGUAUUUUUCCAUAUUGACGUUCAAAUUUCAUAUCGGGUGUACGACGUCAUCUGUUACGUCAAUUUCAUGUAUGCCGUCACGUUUAAAACUUCUUUAACGGCUAUAUUUUCCAUUUUACUCAGGUUUAAUAACAAAAUUGAAUCACUGAAAUAAAAAUUUUAAGUGUAUAUGGCACUAUAUGCGUAUGUAAUAAAAAGAUUAUUAGAUUUGCGUCGAGAAGUAUGCACUCGUUCUUUCGCGGAAUAAUAUUGCGCUCCUAAAGUCGCGCAAUAUAUCUGCUGUAGAACCCGUGCAUAUUUCUCGAUACAAAUCUAAUAACCUACAAGUAUCAAGCAGUCUAUAUUAGGCGGUGCUAUAUUUUAUGCUUUUCCUAUUAUAAUGUUAAUUUGGAUCUAUGUACUCUUAUAUCUCUUAAAAUCAAAUAUAUUUCAAAAUAUAGUCUCCUCAUUCGCAAAACAACUUAUUUGGCGGGGGAUAAAAAUUCAAUGAAUAUGUUUGUUUUCUAUGAAGAUCAUUACUUACGACAUUUAAAUACUUUUCAUAAUUGUACAAAGUCUUAAUUAAACCUUUUAUAAUAAAUAAAGAACAGUGUAGUGUU